ACACAAUCGAGGAAAAGCGCUCGGAGGGGGAGGGGUGUCCCGUCGGCAGGCACACAGACAGCAGGCAGCAGCUGCAGCGACAGGAUCUGGCGCUGUUACUCUGCACUGAAAACUUUCACAUUACGAUUUUAGCUCCGAAAAACACACACACGCAGGUUUAGAAACACUCCACACACUCACACGCACGACCUCUUUCUAAAAUGGUAGACCGCGAGCAACUGGUGCAGAAAGCCAGGCUGGCCGAGCAGGCAGAGAGGUAUGAUGAUAUGGCAGCUUGCAUGAAAUCGGUCACAGAGCUGAAUGAAGCACUAUCCAACGAGGAGCGGAACCUCCUCUCUGUGGCCUAUAAGAAUGUGGUUGGGGCAAGGCGUUCAUCCUGGCGCGUCAUCUCCAGCAUUGAGCAGAAGACAUCAGCUGACGGCAAUGAGAAGAAGAUUGAGAUGGUGCGGGCCUACCGGGAAAAGAUAGAAAAGGAGCUGGAGUCCGUCUGCCAGGAUGUGCUCAACCUCCUCGACAACUACCUGAUCAAGAACUGCAACGAGACGCAGCACGAGAGCAAAGUGUUCUACCUGAAGAUGAAGGGCGACUACUACCGCUACUUGGCCGAGGUUGCAACGGGGGAGAAGAGAGCCUCGGUGGUGGAGUCCUCUGAGAAGUCCUACAGCGAGGCCCACGAGAUCAGCAAGGAGCACAUGCAGCCAACCCACCCCAUCCGCCUGGGCCUGGCUCUUAACUACUCUGUCUUCUACUAUGAGAUCCAGAACGCGCCAGAGCAGGCGUGCCACCUGGCCAAGACAGCUUUCGAUGACGCCAUUGCCGAGCUGGAUACCCUCAACGAGGACUCCUACAAAGACUCCACUCUCAUCAUGCAGCUGCUACGAGACAACUUGACGCUCUGGACGAGCGACCAGCAGGAUGACGAGGGAGGAGAGGGCAACAACUAAGGAGUCUAGAACCCCAUUCUGCCAAAACAACACAAACACACGCGCUCACAAAUGAUGACAAAAAUAAUAAUAAU